UGAUCGAUGCUUCAAAAUCACGAAAACGGUUGCUGAGAAAGGAUGUAAAAGCCAUUGACUCCUUGCGACAGAUAGGGUUGGUUCUCACAACGUUCCAGCAUUUUAUCACAGGCUCUCCAAGAGAAAGUGUGUGCCCAUGCCUGAAUCCGUUGUUCUACGCAGUGUUAAGAAAUUUGGAGAGGAGAACAGGACCUUUGAGUCCGAUGGACCAUAUAACAAUGUUAAGAAACAAAGGUCACCAGAUGAGAAUAACAAUGACAGCAUUCGAGUCAGCUACUUUCAACUGUUUCGCUUUUCCUCGUCAACUGAGAUUUGCCUGAUGAUCAUGGGGAGUUUCUGUGCAAUCCUGCAUGGAGCAGCCCAGCCGGCCAUGUUGCUUAUCUUCGGCAUGAUGACUGACACUUUCAUUGCCUAUGACAUUGAAUUAAAAGAGCUUAGCCUCCCUGGGAGGGUGUGCGUAAACAACACCAUAAUAUGGCAGAACGGCUCUCUUGACCAUAAUGAGACGAGUGGGACCACAUGUGGGUUGCUGGACAUUGACAGCGAAAUGACCAAAUUUGCCAGUUAUUAUGCCGGAGUUGGUUUUGCAGUGUUUAUCGUCGGAUACUUCCAAAUUCGCUUUUGGGUCAUUGCUGCAGCCCAUCAGAUUCAGAAAAUAAGAAAAGCUUACUUUAGAAAUGUGAUGCGAAUGGAAAUUGGAUGGUUUGACUGUAUUUCAGUGGGAGAAAUGAACACAAGAAUCUCAGACGACAUUAACAAAAUUAAUGAUGCCAUGGCAGAUCAAGUAGCCAUCUUCCUACAGCGCAUCACCACCUGCAUUUGUGGAUUCCUUUUGGGAUUUUCUAGUGGUUGGAAACUGACCUUGGUCAUCAUAUCUGUCAGUCCUUUCCUGGGGAUUGGAGCAGCCAUCAUUGGCCUGAGUGUGGCAAAAUUGACUGGCAAAGAGUUAAAGGCAUACGCGAAAGCUGGAGCUGUGGCAGAUGAAGUGCUUUCAUCCAUCAGGACCGUGGCUGCCUUUGGUGGGGAAAAGAAAGAAGCCAAAAGAUAUGAGAAUAACCUUGUCUAUGCCCAGCGUUGGGGAAUUAGAAAAGGGAUAAUAAUGGGAUUCUUCACUGGAUAUAUCUGGUUUAUGAUCUUCCUGAGUUUUGCAUUAGCCUUCUGGUACGGUUCCAAACUAGUCCUUGAUGAGAGAGAAUACACACCGGGAAGUCUCCUACAGGUUUUUUUGGGGGUCCUGGUGGCUGCCCUCAAUCUCGGUCAGGCCUCUCCUUGUUUGGAGGCCUUUGCCACAGGACAGGGUGCUGCCACGAGCAUCUUUAAAGUGAUAGAUCGGGAACCAGCCAUUGACUGCAUGUCUGAAGAUGGAUACAAGCUGGAUAGAAUCAAGGGCGAAAUUGAAUUUCAUAAUGUAACAUUCCGAUAUCCUUCAAGGCCAGAAGUGGAGAUUUUAGAUGAUCUCAGCAUGGUGAUUAAGUCAGGGGAGACGACAGCUUUCGUGGGACCCAGUGGUUCUGGGAAAAGUACGGCAGUGCAGCUCAUUCAGAGAUUCUACGACCCAAGCGAAGGCAUGAUUACUCUCGACGGCCACGACAUUCGCUCUCUCAAUAUUCGGUGGCUUCGGUCCCAGGUUGGCAUUGUCGAACAAGAGCCAGCCCUCUUCUCCACUACGAUCGCCGAAAACAUCCGCUUCGGCAGAGAAGAUGCUACUAUGGAAGAUGUCAUCAGAGCUGCCAAGGAAGCCAACGCCUACAACUUCAUCAUGAAUAUGCCACUGAAAUUUGAUACUCUUGUUGGAGAAGGUGGAAGUCAGAUGAGUGGGGGACAGAAACAGAGACUAGCCAUUGCUCGAGCUCUGGUCCGAAACCCAAAGAUCCUGCUCCUGGACAUGGCAACUUCAGCUCUGGACAAUGAAAGUGAGGCCGUGGUGCAGGAAGCUCUCCACAAGACCCAGCAGGGGCGAACCAUAAUCUCAGUAGCUCAUCGCUUGUCUACAGUCAAAACUGCGGAUGUCAUCAUUGGGUUUGAACAUGGAAAGGCUGUGGAGAGGGGCACCCAUGAAGAACUGUUGAAAAGGAAAGGCGUUUACUUCACCCUGGUGACUUUGCAAAGUCAAGGCGACCAGGAGCUUCAUAAGAAGACAGUGCAAAGAAGAAGCAAGAAGGGGCUAGAAGAUAAACUUGAGACCGAGCAGGCCUUCAGGAGAGGGAGCUAUCAAUCUAGUUUACGAAAUUCUAUCCGGCAGCGCUCCCAGUCUCAACUCUCCAACUUGGUACCUGAGCCUCCAUUCGCUGUUAUGGAGAUGCUCAAUCCUUUUGAAGAAGACAGAAAGGACACCACUUUCCAAGAAGAAGAGAUUGAGCCAGCACACGUAACCAGAAUUUUGAAAUACAAUGCUCCGGAAUGGCCUUACAUGUUGGCAGGUUCUUUGGGUGCAUCUGUCAAUGGGGCUGUCACUCCCCUCUACGCUCUGCUAUUCAGCCAAAUUCUUGGGACCUUUUCACUUCUUAAUGAAGAAGAGCAGAGAUCCCAGAUUGAUGCUCUCUGCUUGUUCUUCGUUAUCAUUGGGGGCAUAUCAUUCUUCACCCAAUUUGUGCAGGGAUACACAUUUGCUAAAUCUGGAGAGCUGCUCACAAAAAGGCUACGUAGAAUUGGUUUCAGGACCAUGUUAGGGCAAGACAUUGGCUGGUUUGAUGACAUGAAAAACAGCCCCGGAGCACUAACGACAAGACUUGCCACAGAUGCAUCCCAAGUCCAAGGGGCUACUGGAGCUCAGCUGGGAAUGAUCAUCAGCUCCAUCAGCAACAUUGGGGUGUCCCUGAUCAUCGCUUUCUGCUUCAGCUGGAAACUCAGUCUAGUGGUAUUAUGCUUCAUGCCCUUCUUAGCCUUGUCAGGGGCUAUCCAGGCUAAACUGCUAACAGGAUUUGCCAUUGAAGAUAAGAAAGCUUUGGAAAUUUCUGGACAGAUCACCAACGAAGCCAUCAGUAAUAUCCGAACUGUAGCUGGGAUGGGAAAGGAGAUCCAGUUCAUUGAAAAAUACGAGAAGGAACUGGAGAAACCAUUCAGGACAGCUCUCCGGAAAGCAAAUAUUUAUGGACUCUGCUUUGGCUUUUCCCAGUGUAUAGUGUUUAUAGCCAAUUCUGCCUCUUACAAGUAUGGAGGUUAUUUAGUUCUUAAUGAAGAACUCCACUUCAGCUAUGUAUUCAGGGUAAUCUCCUCCGUGGUGACCAGUGGAACUGCUCUGGGGAAAGCCUCCUCUUAUACUCCGAAUUACGCCAAAGCCAAAAUAUCAGCUGCACGUUUUUUUGAACUGAUGGACCGGCAUCCCCGGAUCAGUACUUACGGCAACGAGGGAGAAAAGUGGGACAACUUCAAGGGAAAAGUUGACUUUGUUAACUGCACCUUUACCUACCCUUCUCGCCCUGAUGUGCAAGUUCUGAAUGGGCUCACUGUUUCUGUUGAGUCUGGACAGACUCUUGCAUUUGUUGGAAGCAGCGGCUGUGGAAAAAGUACCAGCAUUCAGCUCCUGGAGCGUUUCUAUGAUCCUGAUCAAGGGAAAGUGGUAAUAGAUGGGCACGACAGCAAACAUGUGAAUAUCCAGUUCCUUCGAUCGAAAAUUGGAAUCGUAUCUCAGGAGCCUGUGCUAUUCAGCUGUAGCAUUGCUGACAACAUCAGAUAUGGGGACAAUACCCAAGAGGUCCCAAUGGAAAGAGUUAUCGAUGCAGCAAAGCAGGCUCAGCUGCACGAUUUUGUCAUGUCCCUCCCUGAUAAAUAUGACACAAACGUGGGGACUCAGGGGUCCCAGCUCUCUCGGGGUCAAAAACAACGUAUUGCAAUAGCUCGGGCCAUUGUCCGAGAUCCUAAAAUUUUACUCCUGGAUGAAGCAACUUCUGCCUUAGAUACAGAGAGUGAAAAAACGGUACAAACCGCGUUGGAUAAAGCCAGAGAGGGGAGGACCUGCAUCGUCAUUGCACAUCGUCUCUCUACCAUCCAGUCCUCCGAUAUCAUAGCCGUCAUGUCCCAAGGGAUGGUGAUUGAACAGGGGACUCACAAUGAGCUUAUGGAUAUGCAAGGAGCAUAUUACCAACUGGUCACUUCAGGAGCACCCAUUAGUUGAUUUUUCUUCUGGAACUUCAGGCCCUCGUGAAAGAGGUGCUCCCUUGGAAAUGCUAUACAGUUGCUGCAAAAAUGAUGAUGAUCCCAUGCGGUUUACUAGGAAGUAAACCAUUGUUCCAUUUUUUCAGCUAUUUUCAUGGAUUUGGAUCAAGUCUGAUAUUGGAAUUGCUUUCUAGGGUCAUGGAGCUCGAAGGGGCAGAGCUAGGGAUAGCCAAGUGAAGGGAGAGAAUAAGAACAUGCCCUGGUCCCGUAGAUAAAGUCCUAAGAAAUAUGAGAUCUUGAACCAUUACUGAGUGUGUUUCCUCCCUGCAGGGGAUCCAGCCUUUACCUCAACUCCUUUGAAACACUGUUGGUGGCCAAGGAUGACACAGGGGUGGAGGUUGUGAAUUCAAAAACAUCAAAAUCCUCUGGAAUUUCCUUACUCAAUUUUCUUCUGCUGCUAGAAUGCACAAGCGAUAUUCUCCACCUCAAGCAGUCUCUUCCCUUAUCCCGGCAAACUCCUCUUUUUCAGGAGAAUUCUGAUCAGCAGGGAAGAAAAAUUUGAUCUCAUUUCUUCUCCUUGAUAUGCUCCACAAAGAAGCUGUGUGUUUGGCCCACUGGUCUCCUUUAACAUUUCUCCCUGGUUGGCAGACAGGCAGGGUACAAAAAUGGGUUGAGGAGGAGAGGAAUCAUCUGCUUUUGACCAAUCCUUUCUUUCCCACUGGACCGACCUGCCCCCUGAGAUCCCAUCCCAAGACUCAACCAGAGUACACAGGUUUGGGGAGAGCAUGGACCUCCAAAUGGACCUUCAGCAUCUGCAGAGAAAUGUCUUCGGGCUAAACUGGGAAAUUCACAAAGAUUUUGUAGAUCCUGAUGCCAAUCUGAAUGGAAGAUAGUCCACAAGGCAACCUCAAAUUCCAAGACACAAAUGAAUUUGUUUGGCCAUUCUUUGGCUAUCCUCAUUUCGUGUCACUCAGAGCUCUCGACUCUUAGUAUAUUUACACCAGGUCUUUUCUGGGUAAAAUCAUUUAUAAAUCUGUGUAAUGGCUGUGCUCCCACUGAAUCCAGAUAAUUGAAGCUCCCAGCCUGCACAGUAGUCUCUGACAGCAAAUUAGGUAUAUUCGGAGGAGGUAGGGUUGUCUUAGAUAAUUAAGAGGGUCUCUUUAGGAAGUUUGAGUAAGGACAAACCCACAGUUACUCUGCUGGCCCUGGUGAUUGGAUACAUAUCUUCAAAUGCUUAAUUGACUGUUAUGGAAUAUUGUUGCAAUACCAGGAGUUUGCUGUUUAUCUCACCUUCUAGUUAGGACUAUGAAAUAGAAUCUAAAAACCCACUGUAUUUUUGAAAUUAGGAGGAGUUUCUUAAGUCACCAACUGUGGCAAAUCUCUGGGAGGACCACUUCUCAAAUUAACUACAUAACCUGAUGGCCCUCCCUGAAGGCAGGGUGGACUCUCUGCAGGUCGGUGUUAUGCCUUCUUUGUUGAGGCCUUGAUGCAUUCCUCUGUUCCGGUCUGGCCUAUUACCCACUCAGCAGUGACUAGAAUUCUAACCAGUUCUGCUACCUAGCAUCAAGAGUGAAAGCAGCAGUCCCGAGGGUUCUGUCCUACUGCAGGAUAGCUCCCCCGGGUUUCCCAGUCUCUUUAUGACUUGCUCCUUGACUCUGACCAAAAACCAAAACUCCAGCACCAAGCCCACAAGGAUUCUAUAAUGGCAGCGGUUCAGAGUGUUCAGUUUUCCCCAUUGCAGAAUUUGAAUUUUAGGAAUGCAAGUAAGGAAGUUAAGGUAAGAAAUCAUGAAAUUGUUGAUGCUGUCUCUCUCACUGUUACUGAGCGUUUGAUUCUGCGCUUCCAAAAAUAUUUUAGAGUUUUAAAGAUUGUUAUAUUAAUUUUUCCAAUGAAUAUGUCUCUCCUCAAGGAUUUUCCCACUAAAAUAGUGAGUUAUUUCAUAAAGACCCAUUUUAUGAAAAUGAACUACAAAAACUUAAAACCAACUCCAAAGCCAAUUCCGAUUUUUUUCACAGGGUGUUCAGCUAAAUGUCCAAUUAAUUUAAAUGAACAGACCGUAAAUAAAGCACUGCUCGUGAACAACAACUAAUUAGUGGUAGCCAGAAUAGUAAUGUGCUCAUUAGCAAGUUGGGUAGCAUCAUAAGGCUCAUAAUAUGUCAUCAGUGGGCUGUACAUGACGGGCAUAUAACAUUACUGAUGUGACUAGUCAACCCCCUAAAUCAGAGUAAGUGCAAUAAAUACAAUGAAAAGAAAAAAACUCAGCCAUCUGGUGAAGCGGCUGCUUCCUUCUGAGAGAAGAUUGUGAAGUUGAGGGUAACUGCCAGAACCAACCAGAUAUCCUGAAGAACCCUAGGAUAACUGGAGGGAGGAAGAAAAUGUUUCUCCAUAGGGCCACCAUCCAAAUAUACUGUUAUUUUGAAAGUCUGAGGAAACAAAAAUGUCUUUGUUGUCCUUUCAAAUGGAAGAACUGUCUGAUCCCCAAAUCAAUAUAAAGCUGGCUUUGGCUCCUUCAUGAAAGUAUGGGGGAGGUGGGAGGGGGGAGGGCCAGGUAAAAAUCAAUAAGAAAUCAAAAUAUUGUUUAUAUUUUGAACAAAGAGGCCAGGGGUUUGAAAUGGGAGUAAGCAAGGAAUUAUGCUCUCAGGUAUAGACAACAUAUCUUCAUGAGAAGUCAGUUUAUUAAUAAAAAAAAAUGCAAUAUG